AUGACAUUGGAAGGAUGGCGGCUUUUGCUGAACCGGGCAAUCUUCAUACCUCAGCGCUAUGUAAUGGGUAUAUUAGGACUUUUUGCUCUGGCGAACUCUUUUACAAUGCGAGUAUGUCUUAGUAUGACAAUCACUCAAAUGGUGAAGAAGACUGCGCAUCAAAUUCAUAUCACCGGCGAAACCUGCGCAGACCCUGAUGACAUCAUUAAAGGGAAUAGCACAGCGAUCAUCAAAUACCAUGGCCAGUACGACUGGGACGAAGCUACUCAAGGGCUGCUUCUCAGUGCAUUCUACUACGGGUACGUUCUCACGCAUCUCCCUGGAGGACUUCUAGCUGAGAGAUUUGGGGGAAAAUGGACUGUCGGCCUUGGUCUACUUAGCACUUCCAUAGCAACUGUCAUUACACCUUGGGCUGUCAGUAUUGGAGGAGCUAUUGGAUUGUUUGUUAUUAGAGUCAUUGAAGGGUUUGGCGAGGGUCCAGUGACUCCAGCCUGCGUUCUCCUUUUAGCACGGUGGGUACCACCAUCGGAAAGGUCACGCUUUGGAGCUAUGAUUUUUGGAGGUGCUCAAGUGGGAAAUAUCGUAGGCCCUUAUCUUUCUGGAAUUUUAUUAGCAAAUGGGGGACAUUGGGCGAAUGUUUUCUACGUAUUUGGAACUUUGGGCAUCAUUUGGUUUGUAUUUUGGGCUCUUCUCUGCUACAAUACACCUAACGAUCAUCCAUUCAUCUCAGAACAAGAAAAGGAAUAUCUAAAUAACAACAUAGAAGCUUCAGCUUUACAUAGAAAACUAGAUCCAGUUCCAUUCAAAGCUAUACUGAGAUCUGCACCAUUAUGGGUUCUUGUAUUAGCCGCUAUCGGCCAUGACGCAGGAUACUUUGCAAUGAUCACUGACCUCCCGAAAUACUUUAGUGACGUCCUGAAAUUCAAUAUAAAAGAGACAGGUGUAAUGUCCGCCAUACCCUACGUUGCGAUGUAUAUCUUCUCCUUCAUAUUUGCUGCUCUCUGUGAUCUUUGUAUUAGAAAGAAAUGGCACAGCAUAACUACUGGAAGAAAACUUUAUACUACUAUAGCGGCAACAAUACCGGCUAUUCUAAUAAUCCUAGCAUCGUACUCAGGGUGUAAUCGAAUACAAGCAGUAGCCCUAUUUAUAGUAUCCAUGGCUUUCAUGGCUGGCUUCUACAGCAGCGUGAAGAUAAAUGCUAUGGAUAUUGCUCCGAAUUAUGCUGGAACCUGUUCUGCCAUUGUAAACGGAAUAGGUGCCGUUUCGGGGAUUGUCACGCCGUAUUUGAUUGGCUUGUUGACACCAAAUCAAACUAUAGGACAGUGGCGCAUAGCAUUUUGGUUCGUAUUCGUCACAUUAGUUGGAACCAAUAUUCUAUACCUGAUAUGGGGCUCGGGAGAACAGCAAUGGUGGGACGAUAUAGAAAAACUGGGAUACCCGGAGAGCUGGAAACAUGGCCCGUUAAAGAAAAAUCCGAAAAAUCUGGAAAAAACUGUUAUGCGUCCUAUACGUAAUCAUUCGGCUGUCGUUGAAAAAUAA